AUGCCUUAUAAUACACGUCGCAAGUCACUGUCGCUCCCCUCACUGGGAAUUCAUCUCCCCAACACAUCCCGCCGCUCUCCGUCCGCCACAAAAACGCCUCACGCGACCGACGACCAGCUGCCUCUCUCGAAGAAAGUAAAGCGGUCGCACGACUCGGGGCAUUCCCUAUCGCCGGAGCCUUCCUCGUCUUCCACUGCGCGCACCUCCGAUGGCAAGGAACACGCCGCCCCUCUACGUCAGAGCGGGCGGCGCGGCCCUCUGGAACAUACGCCACCGCCAUCCCCCACGGACGGUAAUGUCUCGCCCAAGAUCGACACCGAGGGAAUUAACGACGACAUCGUGGUUGGUGUGAUCGAACAGUUGGAGAAGACGGGGAAUCGCCCUCACUUGGUCAAGGAGUUGGCCGCCGUUCUUAUCGCCUUGAAUGAGAAUGUCGCAAACUCUGCGAACCCCGCGGCUCUUCUGUCUUCCCGGUUAAGUGCCUACAUGAAGCGCCCCUGGACUGCUCUGGCGCCGUGUCCCCUGGCAAAGGAACUGGUCCCCAUUCACCCACGCAAAGUGUACUACUACCUGACGACAUUACCCCGUCAGCCUCUUCCAGAGAACUCGGACGAUGUCAUUAUCCCAGGUGUGGAAGGAAAGGACCUCACUCCUAGCGUUUCCAGUGCCGAUCUAGAUGAAGAGGAUGCGCUGGCGCGGGAGCGGUCGCGCCUCAGUCCCAGUCCAGAAGUGGACUUGUCUUCGCCUGAUUUCGACGAAGAGACCAUUGACCUGGACGGUCGCACUGGUCCCGGCGGUGCAUCUAGAUCCGGAACCGACUUCACCGACCAUCACCACGCGCGGUUGAUGCACUCUACUCGUGCUGCUUCCCCACCAUUGGAAGGCGAUGAGAAGGAGUUCACACAAACUGCCAGCGCUGUUCGCGAGCGGGCCUCUGAGAAGCUUACAAGCCAGCCCCAGUCGUUGGGAGCUGGCUUCUCUGCCCUCUCGGAAGGUCUGAACGAGUUGCAUGAUGGAACUAUGAGCAUAUCUGAUCCCGUUUUGGAGGACGGCCCUCUUUCUUCCAUUAGCGGCGAUCGGAUGUCGGACGACCAGGAUGGCGACUACUUCUCCCAUGGCGGCUACCAGGAGCAGUCCCCUCUGCAAGACCAUUUCCAGCAACGGGAUCUCGACGAGGCUGCUGUGGCUACCCUCUUCGGCACAUCCCCUUCUCCCUCCCUCACAUCUGUGGCCUCAUCCUUCUCGUCUGGCACGAGCGUGGCUUCCGAUGAUGGGUUGGACGUCGACACUCAAUCCGAGACCGUUGGACGCACUCCGCUGAUUAGCCUCCCGGAGGACCCCACCGUUGUCCCUGUGUCUGCCCUCAAGCGUUCCAUCGACAUGCUGAACAGUGGACUUCCCGAUCUGGACAUGAAAAUGUCCGACUUCAAUGAUCAGGAGGACAAACUGUCGUUGGGAGCCAGUGCCUUCUCCCACCAGGACGUCGAGAUGGUCUUCGAUUCUUGGCGAGAGCUACAGAGUCCCGAGACCGUGGAGGUGGACGAGCUCGACGAGAUGUUCGGGGAGAUCUGA